AUGCCUCCCAAAGGUUCAAAACGAACGAAAAAGACAGCGAAGGCGAAGGCUACAGAGGCUGUCCCCGAAGUAACUGAGGAGCAACCCAUUCCCCCAGCCGAACCCCCACAGGAAGAGGCGCCUCCCGCCCAGCAAGAGCCGCCUGUUGCAGAACAUGCUAAUGUCCCAGUGGCCCCAGCCCCAGAGGGCAAUACUGAAGAUGUGGAUAUGGGCAACCCCGAGCAACCUGAAGACGCCGUUGUCGGAGCUGAGGGUGAAGGGGCUACUACGGAGGUUGAGUCCACGAAGGAGAAGUCCACCAUGACUAUGGAGGAGCGGAAAGCUAAGCUCGACGCACUACGGAAGAAGAUGCAUGCUUCAUCGAAAGCCAACCGACAAUCAUUAGUAGAGGAAUCCGCGAGACAGAAAAUCAACGCUCGUGAGGCUGCACGGCUGGAGCGACAAAGGGCCCUUGCGGAAACUCUGCGGACAAAAGCGGAUGCUGAGGAGCGCGGCGAGGAUAUUGAGCGAGCGAAGAACUGGGAGUACACGAUUGAGGAGAACGAUGAGUGGGAGAAGAAGCUUGCACGGAAGAAGAGACGAGCGGAUUUCGAGUUCCACGAUGAUGCCCACGCCGCGAGACGACGAUACAAGAAAGACCUGGACCACCUUAAACCUGACCUCGAAGCCUACAAUAGGCAAAAGGAAAUUGCCCUCGGACUUGGGCCAGGAAGUCUCAUAACUGGCUUCAACCCCACACAAGGUGCCUCAUCAUCUCAGCUCUUGCCGACAUCACAGCAGCAACAACUCGCCGCCGAGAAUCUCUACCGCGAUGCCAACACACUUAUUUACGGCGAUAAUAAGCCUACGGAGGAGGCCAUAGAUCGUGUGGUUGGUAAGAUCAACAGAGAUGUUGACAAGAAGAGCAAGUUCUCGCGCAAACGGAACAACGAAGAAGAAGGCGACAUCACAUAUAUCAACGAGCACAAUCGGGUGUUCAACAAGAAGAUUGCAAGAUAUUACGACAAGUACACUGCCGAGAUACGCGCCAGUUUCGAGCGUGGUACUGCUUUAUAA